UCAAAACGAAAACGAGCGAAAAGGCCCGUUGUCCGGCUUUCGAGGACGGUGUAUCCACGUGGAUAACUUGACAGCAAUUUUUCUUCACCAUAAAACCCUUAAAAUUAUGUCUAAAGGAGAUUUGCUGGAGUUCCACAGGCGAGCCAUACUUGCGGAAAAUGAAAUUGAUCAGCUGAAGAAAGAGAUUGAUGUGCUGAAGACUCUGCUGAAGCCCACAACGUCUUCCUCCAAAGAAUUGACUGAGCUUCAACAGGAAAAUGCGAAACUGAAGCACCGGGUGGCCAUUCUCACACGAUACGUGGAGUCAGUGAGAGCGAAAGAAGCUAAAUUAGGAGAUAAAACAGAACAAAUGAUAAGUAUUUACGACGAGCUGGAGACUGUGUUCCUCGCAGCGAUCAGCAAGACUUACCCUGACCUGGUGGAUCCACCGGUCGUAAUUACCACCUGCCAGGAUGCCAAGUUUGGGGAUUACCAGUGUAACAGCGCAAUGGGACUUUCGAAAUUAUUGGCAGGGCAAGGUAAAAAAACAUCUCCUCGAGACGUGGCAAAUGCAAUUCUCUCAAACGUCUCGCCAACUCCACUAAUCGAGAAGCUAGAAAUUGCUGGUCCAGGCUACAUAAACAUCUUCCUAAAACGAGACUUCGGCCUAGACGCCCUGAAGACUCUGCUGAAGGCCGGGAGAGUGCCACCCCCCAGGGUCGACAAGCAGAGAGUAAUCGUGGACUUCUCCAGUCCAAAUAUCGCGAAGGAGAUGCACGUGGGUCACCUGAGGUCCACGAUAAUCGGCGAGAGUAUUGCAAGGCUUUUGGAAUACCUGGGGCACGACGUAUUGAGGCUGAAUCAUGUGGGAGACUGGGGAACUCAAUUCGGAAUGCUAAUAGCUCAUCUCCAGGAAAAAUUCCCGGAUUAUUUGACUGUCUCACCUCCCAUCUCUGACCUUCAGGGUUUCUACAAAGAAUCGAAGAUUCGUUUUGACACUGACGAGGAAUUCAAAAAACGAGCGUACGCUUGUGUUGUCCAACUCCAGGCCUUCGAGCCAGACAUCACCAAAGCCUGGAACAUGAUCUGCGACGUUUCAAGGAGGGAAUUCGACAAAUUGUACGAACGCUUGGACGUAAAGAUCAUCGAGAGGGGCGAGUCAUUUUACCAGAAGAUGAUGGAGGUGAUUGUCAAGGAUCUGGAGGCCAAGGGACUCCUCGAGGAGGAUGAGGGGAGGAAAAUCAUGUGGGGGGAGAAACCUAAUACUGGAAUUCCUUUCACGAUUGUCAAGUCCGAUGGAGGAUUCACGUACGAUACCUCCGACAUGGCGACACUCAAGCAUCGACUCGAGGAGGAGAAGGGCGACUGGUUAAUUUAUGUCACUGAUGCUGGACAGGCAGUCCACUUUCAACUUCUUCAGAGCUGUGGAAAACGCGCUGGAAUACUCAAGCAUCAACGAUUCAGUCACGUACCAUUUGGGGUUGUCCUCGGAGAAGACAAAAAGAAAUUCAAGACCAGAUCAGGAGAUACAGUGAAACUGCUCGAUCUACUCGAUGAAGGUCUCAAGAGAGCCCUAGAUAAACUCCGGGAAAAGGGACGGGAUAAGGAACUGAGUCCUGAGGAAUUGAAGGCAGCGCAGGAGGCAGUGGCCUACGGCUGCAUCAAGUACGCGGAUUUGUCCCACAAUCGCAACCUCGAGUACGUCUUCUCCUUCGACAAGAUGUUGGAGGACAAAGGAAAUACUGCAGUUUAUCUGCUGUACCAAUUGACGAGGAUCAGGUCUAUAGCCCGAAUUGCCAACGUCACACCAGAGCAGAUGAAAAAAGCCAUUGAGACCACUCCUGUAACCCUCGAUCACGAGAAGGAGUGGAAAUUGGCUAAAGUUCUUCUUAAGUUCCCUGAUGUUCUUCUUAAAAUCACUAAGGACCUGUAUCUUCAUACCCUCUGCGAAUUUUGCUACGAGAUAUCCUCCGCUUUUUCUGAAUUCUAUGAUAAGUGCUGGUGUUUGGAGAAGAACAGUGUUGGAGAAAUUGUUAAAGUCAAUAUGGGAAGGAUUCUACUCGCUGAAGCCACAGCUAUUGUCCUUGAACAGUGCUUUUAUAUUCUCGGCUUGAAAACUGUAGCCCGUAUGUGAUUUUGUUACAACUGCCAACAAGAAAUAAAAAAUCAGUCUUCAUCAAA